AUGGAAGAAUCAUUUGAAGUGGUUCCCCUCCCACCGAGCCAUUUCGGCGACGGCAGCAGGAAUGCCUGGCCAAAGGAGCAGUACUGGCAGCAAACUGAUGAUCGACUCUAUCGCCAGAAGCUGGCCACGAUGUGGAUGCAAAAGUCGGGGAAGCUUGUUAGAGGUGAACAAUACAUUCUCGACAGACUCCCCGAUGGCUACGCACUCCUGAAACGGCCACGGUUCAGCUCCCCCGAUAUCUGGGACAAGUUUGUCUAUGGGCAUCCCUCUGGCGCUUGCUUCAACUCGCCAAACCAGUUUUUCCCUCAUUUCUCCUGGUUAAUGAAAGGCCAACAAAGCUCAUGCCCGUGUGAAUGCUUCCCUAUGCAGAGUUCUCGAGGAAGGCCAUUGAAGAACCCCAAGGCUCUGCCUCAAAGGGGACCCACAGAUCCUGAAGGGGUUCCGGAUGUCUUUCGAGAAGCAAUCGCCAAGCUCAAAAGGCUGGGAGAGAUCGACGAGCCAAUAUACGAACACCAAAGCAUGGAUUGGCGAGCAGGAAACAAACCAAUUCGAGAGAACAUCGUCCGGCUCGGUUUACAGAGUUCGUACGUGCCUCGAGUUGGAGAGGUAGUCUUAUGGAUGCCGCAACUUGACGGCGAGCUUCGCUACGACGAUAGAACUGGGAUCUAUCGAAAAUUUUCAAGCAGAACAAGCCGGUUUACGGAUAUCCCCAAGUGGAGAGCCGGUACUAUCGGGCAGGCGCCGGAUAAAGACCCUGUGCUCCUGGAGGACCUGAUCGAGCCAACCUCGAAGGAAUGGGCUGUCAACUACUCUGGAUUCCGCGUCGAGACCUUUCCAGACCCAAACAGUGAUGAGAAAAGCUCUUCGCUGCAAUAUUCAUAUAUUCAUAUUCAUCUCCUUCGCCCGUUCUACUCGUGGCCAGUAUGGCUCGCGAAUAUACCAGAAAAGGACUGGCACCCGUCAAUAAAACAUGCCAUGACGGUCAUGUCCUCUCUUUCACUAGUCGACAAAUACCGGUUUAGCGGUGAAUGGCCUGAUGCAUCCAUCGACUGCCGCGGGAUAUUUCUAGGCCCGGAAAUGAUCAUUGUCGGCGACGCUGUGCGUCUGAAGCCUGCAGGAGCCUCGCUAGAAACAAUAGACAACCUACCAGCCGUGACAGACGUCAUGGUAAUCGACCAAAUUCAGUUCAGACUCAUCUCCUGCAUCGACGACACCCAACAAUCCCCACUCCUCGCCGAGAAACAUCAAGUGCGUGUGCGCGGAAAAGUCUACACUCUUUCACCCAUGCGCGCCUAUCGCGAACCAGGCGAGUAUGCCCCUCCGCCUCUGGGUCGGCACGAGGUCAUCAAUGCCUUUCAGCAGACAAGCAUGACGGAAUACGGGCCCUGGUAUCGAGCGCACAAGAUCGGCACGUCGGUCGAGGUCUCGCAGGACAUGAUCAUCGGACGCUGCUACGAACCCUCGGCCAUGGAGCUCGUCUUUGGCAAAACAGCGCUAAACUUUGAUCUUGCCGGCAUGCUGGCCAGCCGGGACUGGGCUCGUAGGGCCGACAAUCGACUGCCCGACGGCCAGCACUGGUUCUGGGCGGACUACCGCACACAAGCCCUCGGAAUCGACACGCUGAACGGCGAAGAUGUCGGACGCUACUCGGACGCGCGCAACUGCAAGAUGUGGAAAGCCAUUCUCAAUAUCCUGGAUGGCACGGCUUCCAAGAGCGACUACGAUGCUGCCAAACUACCUCGCAGGGCCGGCCGGCCCUCGACGACGACCAAGGACAAAUCGCAGUUUUCCGAGAUUGGCAAGAUGAGCUCUCUCGUCACCAGCGGGCUGCACAUGGAUACCAGCGCGAAUGUGAGCUCGAUCGAGGAUUCGGAUUCAUCCUCCAACGACGAAGACGGGACGAUGGCGAUCGAGUACGGUCCUAAAUAUUCUGGGAUCAGAAACGACAAUACUAAUAACGAGUCCGACACGCAAUGGGAUUUUUCGAUUGCCCUUCCUAUUCGAGGCGGUUCUGAAUCUCCUCAAAAGGGAAAGCGUCCUAGAUUAAGUUAG